GGCAUCAAAUAUUAAGCAAUAUUUGUUUUUGUGUCGGGGUAAAUACUGUGGUUAUGUACUACAUUCUUGUAAGAAUUGUACUAGUAGUACUUGUUUGUAGGUGUAAAUUCCAGGAUAUUUUAAUUUGAAAGUGUAGUUAAUAUAGAAUAGUUUAUCAGACACACAAAACUGCCGUCCUUUCUCUGGAAUAUAAAGUAUACUUAAACAUCACAAAUGCAACAUUUAUUGUUAGCUGGAAUCAGUUCUUUGUCACAGUACCUAACUUAUACCCCUUUGAUGGUCAUGCACUUUGCACCUUUCCGCUUGCCGUCCGAAUCAUUUCUAGUAGAAUGUGCCAAACAAAAUAUAAAGGGCGUCGUACAGGCAUUCAGUACAUUUCAAGAAUAUAAGUCUUUUGAUGUAUAUGUUAACCAAUGUUAAUAAAACAAAUACAUAAAUAAAUAAAAAGCGGCAUAAUAGCAGUUCUGAUAAUAGUAGGUUUUAGGGGACUCAAUGUGUGAUCCCCAGCUGCACUCAAUGGAGUGCUCCACAGAGGGGAAUGCGGCAGCCUUGCUGUAACACUGACAGAUUGCAGGCGGGUAAGAGAAAGCUGAAAGGGUACCAGCUUCAUUUACAACGUAGCUUUAAACAAACGCGGCUCGUACGUCCAUGUACAAUAGUAUUUGACUCAAAGAUGAGUUUGCUGCUUUAAAACUUUAGAUAUUACAGUGACUAAUGCAAAUAGUAGGAUGUCAGCUGUAUCUCGGAAACUGAGCAUCUUGCCUAUAGCAUCCUCAGCACUGUUGUUUUGAGCAGAAGAAAAACAAAAAUAACAGAACAUCUGCGUUGACCUGGGGGCUAAAACACAACAUUGUUAUUGAUCUACAGCAUUACGAUUUGCUAUACAUCUUUCAGUUGCAAAAGUAUGAACUGAGUUAUUCAUGUAGUGAAGAACCUUUGUCACUAUCGUGUGUGUGUGAGUGUGUAAAUUAAAUGAUAGAAGAUACAAUGACUUUGUUGUCUCUCUUGGGUCGGAUCAUGCGUUAUUUCUUACUGAGACCGGAGACCUUGUUCCUGCUAUGCAUUAGCCUGGCCCUUUGGAGCUACUUCUUCCACACAGAUGAAGUGAAGACGAUUGUCAAGUCGAGCAGGGAUGCCGUGAAGAUGGUUAAAGGAAAGGUAGCGGAGAUUAUGCAGAAUGACAGACUGGGAGGUAUUGAUGUCCUGGAGGCUGAGUUCUCGAAAACCUGGGAAUUCAAAAGCCAUAAUGUGGCCGUGUAUUCGAUACAAGGCAGGAGAGAACACAUGGAAGACCGCUUUCGAGUCAUCACCGAUUUGGUCAACAAGACUCACCCGUCCAUAUUCGGAAUAUUUGACGGCCACGGAGGAGAGUCUGCAGCUGAAUAUGUGAAGACACACCUGCCUGAGGUUCUGAAGCAACAGCUGCUGAACUACGAGAAGGAUAAAGAGAACAGUGUGCUGUCUUACCAGAGUAUCCUAGAACAACACAUCCUUUCAAUCGACAAGGAGAUGCUCGAUAAACUGUCUGCCUCCUAUGAUGAAGCAGGGACCACGUGCUUGGUUGCAUUGUUAUCAGAUAAAGAACUGACAGUGGCUAAUGUUGGGGAUUCACGAGGAGUACUGUGUGACAAAGAUGGAAAUGCCAUCGCUUUAUCACACGAUCAUAAGCCCUAUCAACUGAAGGAAAGAAAAAGAAUCAAGAGAGCGGGGGGAUUCAUCAGCUUCAACGGCUCCUGGAGGGUUCAGGGCAUCCUCGCAAUGUCUCGGUCCCUGGGCGACUACCCCCUGAAGAACCUGAACGUCAUCAUCCCGGACCCGGACAUUCUGACCUUCGACCUCGACAAGCUGCAGCCCGAGUUUAUGAUCCUGGCUUCCGACGGACUGUGGGAUGCUUUCAGCAAUGAAGAGGCAGUGCGCUUCAUCAAAGAGAGAUUGGAUGAACCACAUUUUGGGGCCAAGAGCAUUGUAUUGCAGUCAUUCUACAGGGGUUGCCCCGAUAAUAUAACUGUCAUGGUUGUAAAAUUCAGAAACAGCAGCAAAACAGGAGACCAGUGAAAAUAUAU